GUCUCCAUUUUAUUAUAGCUAGCAGCUCAUGUCGCAGCUACAGACAGGCGUUUCGACGAAAGACUGCAAACGGAUCGAAUAUUAGUGUUGGUUUUACAAUACGAUCCAGCCAUGCACCGAGAUUGCCCUCUCGACUGCAAGGUCUAUGUGGGAAACCUGGGGAAUAAUGGCAACAAGACAGAGCUGGAGAGGUCCUUUGGCUAUUAUGGACCACUUCGCAGUGUCUGGGUAGCAAGGAACCCCCCAGGCUUUGCUUUUGUGGAAUUUGAAGAUCCAAGGGACGCAACAGACGCAGUGAGGGAGCUUGAUGGAAGGACACUAAGUGGUUCUCGUGUGCGAGUGGAGCUGUCCAAUGGUGAGAAACGCACCCGCAACCGAGGUCCUCCUCCCUCAUGGAGCAGACGUCCUCGAGAUGAGCAUCGCGGGCGUCGUGGUAGCCCGCCCGCCAGGCGCAGAUCCCCACGUAGGAGGAGCUUCAGCCGCAGCCGAAGCAGGUCUCUCUCCAGAGACAGGAAGAGGGAGAGAUCUCUGUCCCGGGACAGGAACCAUAAACCCUCAAGAUCAUUCUCUCGAUCAAGGAGCCGCUCCAGAUCUACUGAGAGAAAGUAAGAAGAUUCACUGCAAUCGGGUUUGAAGGCAAAUAAGAUGGAUGAACGAACGGGCGUCCCUCUAGCGAGUCGUUUCAUGUGAUGGACUUUAAAAUCCCCUCUGGUCAUUUUUUUUUUUUUUUUUUUUUUAACAAUCAAAUAUGUUAACGGUUUAGUGUUUGCUUCUUUGUGACAUGCAAGGUAUCCAUUUCCUCUGUAUUUUGUAAAUAAGUGGGUAUGCAGUUGUAAUGCGUUACUGAAAGGGCUGAACUCGAGAACCAACUUCUUAUUGAAAAUAGCAUAUGACAUUGAUGUUAGUCAAACUUUUAUUCCAGUGCCAAAAUUGACAAAAAUGCAAGUAGGUACAUUUUGGUGAUAGUGGUACAUUUUGGUGAUAGUCAGUAUCGUCCAAAACAGACUUGUGAGAUUUGUGUACAUGAGUUCGGCAUGACUUGAGUGUUGAGUCUCUGUAUGUCUAUAAAAGUACCAGGUCAAGGAAAUGCCCUUUUUUUAAAAAUAGUCUAGUGCUCACGUCAUGUUCCCAUGACGGCAAGAUUUGUGUCUGGAGGUGGUGGAAGGCUAUGGUCACCUAUUCUAUGUUGAGAGAUAUAUAUAUAUAUAUAUAUAUAUAUAUAUAUGAAUCUAAUUGAUCUAUAGGAUUUUUGCUGUUCUGUCAGUUCCUGUUGGUAAAGAUUUGUCAAUGGGAAUAAUGACACCCUUAUUCAGGAUAUUGGAAUCUAUUUGAUGAGAAAAUAGUAGUAAUGAAUACAAUUAUCUCAAUUUUGACUUUACAAUAUUCCACUUUCUUUUCCUUUCUUCGUACUAUUUGUAAUGUUCUCAGAAUUAAAAACUGGUUGUAGAAAA